AAAAAAACCUUGUGGAUCUCCCCAAGCAUAGAGCAUGUUAGUCACGUUAGCAGCGGGCAAGUUGGUCCGGCGGCACCUUCCCCUUUUCUUUCGGCUGUUCCAUCUUCAAAACCGUGGGCUCGGAUCUUCAAAAUCAAAACGAAUUUCCAUUCGUUAUCAUAUAAAUACCUCAUCUUCAUCCCCAAAACCACUUUCAGUUUCAGAACACAAAGCAAUGGUGGCGCUCCUAGUGGCAACUACAUCCGACCCUGCUUCCAUCAACCCGGCCAACGCGCUGUUGGGCAUGCCCGGGUGGAAACCCGGUCCCCAUUUCCAGGAUGAUAUGAAGAGCUAUGUGAAUGAAGGGGUGAGGGUGUUGGUACAUGGGAAGAGCAUAGUUGCGGAAGAUGAGUUGGACAAGAGGUGGGAAGAAGUUACUGGGGAGGUUAUUGAUGAAGUGAUCUUCUUCAGCAAGCACACUGCUGCCUCCAACAAGCCUGCCCUGACUGUUCACCCUAUUGGAGUUCCUCAUUUGCGCCAAGGCGAUGUUCCCCCCCAAGGCGGCAGACCUGGAUGGGCAGCUCUUCCAAAUCCUAGGAUGGGGCCUUGGCUUCGCCUUUUGAAAAACCUUGCCCAAGCUCAUAAUCUUGUCCCUGAAUUUGAGAUUACUUUAGAGGCCACUCACCAUGGACCGUUGACCAAUAAGCCAACCAUGUUUUUGGAGAUUGGUAGUACUGAAGACUAUUGGAAGAGACAGGAUGCUGCUCAAGUUAUGGCACAGUUAGUAUGGGAAGGACUUGGACUUGGAGGUGGGUCAGAUGUAGGAAACUGGAGCAGGGAGAAUGAUAACAAGAAAAUCCUUCUUGGGAUAGGUGGUGGACAUUAUGCACCUCGGCAUGUGGAUGUAGUAUUGAAAGAUAAUGUAUGGGUGGGUCACCUACUUUCUGGAUAUUCGCUGCCAAUGGAAGAUCCAAACCAGUCAAAAGGAGAAAAAAAUGUGGAGAUUGGUGGAACAUGGAGACAGUCUAUAAAAGCUGCAUAUGAAGCCACUUAUUCUGCAUUUCCUGGUGGUGAAAUUCUUGCACAUCUAGACCACAAGAGUUUCAAGGGCUGGCAGAAGAAUGCCAUAACAGGAUUCCUUGCGGAGCAAAACAUUAAAAUUGGAAAACCCAAUAACUUCUAUUGAGUGGAUGCUAUGUGAACAACAUAGCUUCUGCAGAGUGUGGAAUGAGUCAGGCUGAAGAUUUUGGUAGAUCAUACUAGCAAUUUAAUUCAGUUCUCUUGAGAUCACAGUGAUAGUUAAUGAAUAACUGAAGUUUGAGAUAAACUGAUAUAUACAUAAAUCCAAUUCUGAUGAAAAACAAUAUUUGCAAUUACAUCAAUUAAAACCAUAUAUAGCAAUAAUACUUUAUAGAAUGUUUGUUUUUAUGUAA